CGGAGCCAUCUUGUCCUGUCUGGCAUCUUCCAGUGUCUCUAUGCCAACAUGACACCUCGCUGCUUCGUUGUCCGCCACGGCGAGACUGAAUGGUCCCUUAAUGGCCGCCACACGAGCGUCACCGAUCUCUGCUUGACUGCGAACGGAGAGAAACGUAUCAAGGCGACCGGAAGGGCGCUUGUGGGCAGUGAUCGCCUGAUUGUCCCGAAGAAACUGGCUCAUGUUUACGUCUCUCCCCGUACCAGAGCGCAACGCACCCUGGAACUUCUGGAAAUUGGCUGCAGGGAAAAACUCCCCUGGCAGUCCACCAGGCGACCCGAGUCCGAGGAGCCAAUCAGGACAGGCGCCCGGGUUGAAAUAACUGAGGCGAUCAGGGAAUGGGACUAUGGGGAGUAUGAAGGGUUGACGAGUACGCAGAUCAAGGAAUUGAGGGAGAAGAAGGGAGAGGAGCCAUGGGAUAUUUGGAAACACGGAUGUCCCGGUGGGGAAUCUCCGCAAGAUGUCAUUAAGCGCCUAGACGCCCUCAUCGCCGAAAUCAGAUCAAAAUACCAUCACUCUGACUGCGUUGCGAAUUCGGACGAAGACUCGAAAUCCGACAUUCUUGUGGUCGCCCAUGGCCACAUCUUGCGAGCAUUUGCAAUGCGUUGGAUCGGGAAGCCUCUGACAGACACGGCGUUCAUCCUGGAAGCCGGUGGUGUAGGAACACUGAGCUAUGAACAUCAUAACAUCGAUGAACCGGCUAUCCUCCUCGGGGGAUCAUUUGUGGUUGAGUAGGCUGCGCUGAGCAUGUAGGGUUAUAUUAUUCUUUUUUUGGCACUGUAUUGGAAUUUUGCCCAUAGCAACAGUAGUCGACUCCCCUGUAUAGAACGAUUAAAUAUAGAUCAGCAACCAGUACGCAUAUAGCAGCAGAAAGAAAAUAAGCGAGGAAGAAAAGAGACCAGCAACCAACAUUAUUG